AUGACAUUAACCCUGGCGAGGCGGGAAGGCCUUUUGACGCGCUCAGGAAACCGUCUGUCGGCAAUCAUACAGAAAGAGUCCAAAACCAUCAAUGCGUACGUACAUUCUUCAAUGGAGGCAGCUGAAAUUUCGGCACUUCGGAAACAGAUAUGCGCAGCCAAAACGGCAAUUGGCACCGUAGCAAACAAGCUAGAGGCUGCAAUGGAGAAGUUCAGCGAAGCAGUGGACAGGUUGGACAACAAGACGCAGUCACUCCCAGAGAUUAUUGAAAGGAUUGAAACAAAUACUACAGCAGCACAAACUCUUCUGGACAACGCGAACAAAGCGCUGGCAAGGCUAAUCCGACUUCAUGAGGAGCUUGAAUUCGAUCAGGAACAAAAACUCGCUUAA